GGCAAGGAUAGACACUAGAGGACAAUGCUCUACUUCCAGGCAAUCCUGCUGGUGGUUCUGCUCCUGGGCACUUCUCUUCAAGCAGGCCCCUAUGGCGUAAACUUGGAAGGCAGUGUUUGCUGCAACAGCUUCGUUCGGACCCCUGUGCCUUUUAAGGUCCUGGUUGAUUUCUAUUACACCUCCAACAGCUGCAAGAAACAUGGCGUGAUCCUGAUAACGAGAAAACAUCGUGAGAUCUGUGCAGAGCCUAAGAAGCCCUGGGUGAAAUAUGCCCUUGGUAUUCUCGAAAAGAGAAAGUGA